AUGCUUGAUCUAAGUCAUAAUGAAAUAAUUGAUUUGGCUCCUGGAACAUUUUUAAAUCAGUUAAAUUUGCUCUUGGUUGAUUUGAGCAACAACAAAAUCCUUCGCACUCCUUAUGGAGCUUUUGGGCGUAGAGUGGUUACUGUACUUCUCAAAGAAAAUCCUUUGGUUUGUGUCGAAAAAAUUCACAUGCUUCAACAAGGCAAUGGACUUUUCAUUCCAAACAGUAAUGAUGCUAUUUGUGGGGAAUAUAAGGCCUAUGAUGCUUCUAACACUACUACGAUACCAAGUAGCGAGUCUGAAGCCAAAAAUAGCGGCUUAAUUGCUGAUCAAGAAUCUUCAAUUACACCAAGUAUAAGUGUGGAAACUGGAGGGGAAGAUGAAGAUGAUAAUGAACCUUUAACUUCUCCCUCCCCUUUUGUCCAACAAUUGGAAGAAAAUCAACAAAAUUCUAAAGACAAUAAGCAACAGAAUAUAAGUAUAAUUACUCCAGGACGAAUCAAACCUAUUCGGAUUAUUCCAAAUGCUCAACAUGUGACAGCUAUUCAAUCUGAUAAAGCAUUGACCUCCCCUAACAAAGAAAACAAGCCAAUUGCUCUAACCGAAAGUAUUAUUGAAGAUACUGAGUAUACUACAAGCAUUGAACCGUCAUCAACUUCGAGCAGUUAUUCUAGACAAGGUCGGUUAUAA